AUGAAUCGCCGAAAAAAGUCAGCAAGUGAACUCUCCAAAAAUUCUGAAGACAAUGCUGGUGAGUUUCAAAGUCUACCCAAGGGAUGUUCUAGCGAUUUUAUCCAAAAAAAUUGAGUUCCGAUUUUCCCGCUAUUUUUGGCAUUCCGUGUCAGAGAUCCAAAACUUGGUUUCUUAGGCUGCAAAAUUCUGAGGGAUUCGACGGAAAUUGCGUUUUAAAUAUUGUUGGGUAACACGCGUUGAAGAAACAGAGCUCUUGGUAACUGAAAAUGCUGGAAAAUAUUGCAAACUCUUAAUUUUCGGCCGGAUUAACUAAAUUUAUUUUUCGUGUUUCAGAUCGGUCAUCGCGUUUCCAACGCUCCUCGCGAGAUUCACAACAACCAAGCAGCGAUGACGGGAGCUUAUCCACCUUUUUUCCAUGUAAAAAACUCUUUUCUGACCUAAUUUUUUAUUGUUUUAGCUUACUCUAAAUCCUCCGAUUCCGAAACUCAUGUGUACGAUGAUGUGGAGCCUCUUUCUAGUCCAAAGCAGGGUAAGUAUUGAGAUUUUGCUUUUGAAAUCUUGCGGAAGGACCGAUUUCUAGGGCGAAAUUUUUGGUAAUUUCUGAAAUAGAAUCAAUUUCUUCAAAAUUCGUUCAAUUUUUCACAUUUUCCAUUUCAGUCUCACCCAAGAACCGGUCCAGCUCGAUGUCCCGUGGAAGUGAAAGCAAUUGUAAGCAAAGAAAACGUAAGUUUUUGUCAUCAACUUUCGAGGUUUUUUGUAUGUUCUACUAUUUUCUUUAUUUUUUCAUGUUUUUAGGUCGCACAUGGUCCACAUCGGAGUCCAGCGUCCAAUCCAGCCAUUCCAAGUACAAUCCAACUCCGUGUAAAGGUAAGAAAAGGGACUUUUAUGCAUCAAAUAGGGAAAAAAGUCGUGUUUUCCUCAUUUUUUGGAAAAUUUCCAUGGCAAAACUGGAACUUCUGGCCAGCCCAGAGAAGCCACAGAACCAUGUAAGGUUUUUGUUGAUAUCGAACACCACACAGUGUCCUGACGGUGCGCCUGUCAGGUCAGGCGCACAACCACUACACCAUGUGGGCGACGCCUCUUUCCCUCUUCGUUCGAGAGAAACGAUAAAAUUUUUCGUUGCGGCAGAACUCUACCCUUUUUCUGAACUCUACCCCUUUUUCAACUCUACCCCUUUUUGAACUUUACCCCUUCAGAACUUUACCCCUUUUCAACUCUACCCCUUGAAUGAACCCUCCCCUUUUUUGAACACUACCCCAUUUUGAAAAUUGAAAAAACGAGGUGUGACAUGUUAUACGAUGGAAAUUUUUUUCAAAUUGAAAAGAAUGAAGUGUGACAUCUUAUACGAUGAAAAAAUUUUUCAAAUUGAGAAGAAUAAGGUGUGACAUCUUAUACGAUGAAAAAUUUUUUCAAAUUGAAAAGAAUAAGGUGUGACAGCUUAAAAAAUUAGGUGUGACAUCUUAUACGACGAAAAUUUUUUUUCAAAUUGAGAAAAAUACGAUGAAAAAUAUUUUCAUCGUAUAAGAUGUCACACCUUAUUCUUUUCAAUUUGAAAAAAUUUUUCAUCGUAUAAGUUGUCACAUCUUAUUUUUUUCAAUUUGAAAAAAAUUUUCAUCGUAUAAGAUGUCACACCUCGUUUUUUCAAUUUUCAAAAUGGGGUAGUGUUCAAAAAGGGGUAGAGUUCAGAUUGGGGUAAAGUUCAGAAAAGGGGUAGAGUUCAGGCUCAACCAAAAUUUUUUGGUGUAUCUUCGGUUUUUACCAUUUAGCUAGGGUAAAAUAGGGCGUCGCGCCACUUGCGGGCAACCACUUUUCGGGCAAAUUCUUUGCGGGCAAAAUUUGGGGGGGGUCACAUUUGCGGGCAGCUGGGACAUUUGCGGGCAACCGACACUUGCGGGUAACAGGGUGGAGGUGGAAAUAUUACUUCGAUGUUUUGGAAAUUUGCCGACAUUUGCGGGCAACAGGAAAAAACAAGCACGCAGAUUUGCCCCCAAAUGUCGGCAUUCCACAAGUAUCGGCUGCCCGCAAAUGUCCGAAAACUUCCACAAUAUAGCAGUAUUUUUUUCACCUCCACCUUGUUAUCCUCAAGUGCCGGUUGCCCGCAAAUGUCGGCUGCCCGCAAAGAAUUUUCCCGCAAAGUGGUUGCCCGCAAGUGUGCGCCCGCCUAAAAUAGCCAGAAAAGAGGAAAAAUUACGAGACAAAUCUUGUUUUUUGUCGAAUAAAGUUGUCCUUUAUUUUCAGUUCGUCCCAAGAAGCACUCCAGCGACCAAUCCAGUAAAGCGGAAGACUUGUCCAAGUCAAAGAAAAGUAAAUAAGGAAAUCCUUUUUGUUUUUGUAAAAUUUGAGGCCUAUAGAACAGUUGAGCAGCAUCUUUCAAGUUGAUUUAAAUUUAGCCCCGCCAAUAUCUUCCCUUCGCUUAUUGAAAUUUCUACUUUUAGCCCACCGCAGAAACCGUUCCAGUUCCUUGCUCCCACCCAACAAGCGCUCAUCCGAAUCUGAGAAGCACCGUCGCAAGUCGCAGAGGUCAAAGAAGUCCAGCGACCAGUCUAACCGGCCCAGAUCCUUGUCUAGUGACGAACUUUGGCAGAAAUGUAUCACCCAGCUGGAAGAAGGCAGCGAGGAUGCCAAACGUCUGCAUGAAUUGGCUAUGCAGACCGCAGCUUUGGAAGCGGAGAAGCUGGAGUUUCGCCGCAAGGUUUUGGAGAAGCGUCGACCCAAAAAUGGAGUUGUCAAAGAGCAGAAAUGUCUCGCCGAAGAGCGCGCCAGACUGGCUGGAGUGAGAAAGGAUGGUCGAUACAAAGAAACGGAUGUGGAGAUGGCCAGCGAUUCGAAUUUACCCAGAAAAAAGGAGGAUUUGUCGGAGGCGAGCUGCGCCCGAGCUGUUUCGAGCCGCGCAUUGAGCAAGUCCAAGAGACCGAAAAAGAGGUUGAAACGGGAAUAUGAUGAGAAUAGCGAUGGUCCAAUCGAUGACUUGCGGACUGGUUCGAAAGAGCGGAGAAAAGCGACCGAAUAUUUCGAAGCGGUCGAAAAUUCAAAACGUGCAAGAAAGUCCAAAAAGGAUGGCAAAACGAAGAAGGUGAAAAAGGAAGGUAAGGAACGGUCUAAAAAGUAUGUUAUUUUUAGCAGAGGCCAAAAAGUUGACCAAACAUCGGAAAUCGACCAAAAAUGAAAAACCGGUCGAUUCCUCGAGCAAUGAUAAAUCCGGACGUUAUGAUGGUGUUGCCGACAAACCGGAGCGUGAGUAUUAUUUUGGAGGAAGUUCGAGCGAAAAAGUCCCGUCCACGGCGAUCCGACGAAGGAACAAAAAUUCAGCGGAUGAGAGCGAAAAAUUGGCUCAAAAAGCUCGCGAAAAGACGAAGAAGCGCUUGGAGAAGACGGAACAGACGGCCGUUCAAAAGAUCAUCAGCGAAAGUUUGACCUCGCGUGAGAAGUCGGUUGAGAAGUUCGAAAAUGAACCGCACCGUGCGCAGAAAAAGAAACCGAAAAACAAAAUCGACCGGGAAAAGUACCGAUCGACCGGCAACAGAGGCAAUAGAAGACAUCGCAGCAGCAGCUCUGAUGCUUUUGAAGUGAAAGAUGGUCGAUGCGGCGGAAGAUCCAAAAUUUUUGACGAUUCGAAUGCCAGACGCAACAAGUAUAAUACUCGCCGUUCUGAGGGGAAGCCAGAUGUCUCCAGGAAGAAGCGCAGCCAAAUCAGACGUUCUGCAAGCAGUGGUCGUCGUCCUGACGAAAAGGCAGAACGUUCCGCCUCGCAGCGUCCGUCUUUCGAGAAAGCUGGGGUUUCUUCCGACGACAAGCAACUCAAGAAUUCAGCCGAAAAAGCAGAUGAUCAGAACUCCAAGGAUGGAUACUCAUGGCCCACAGGCGAUCCAACAAAGCUUCUGGAGGUCAAGAAUGAAAAGCCAAAGAAGGAAAACGCGAGCGACCGACAGCGGCCGAAAGAUACAAAGGGUUCCAAAAAGACGUCGAAGAGUACCAAAAAAACAAGAAGUUCCAAGAAGAGUAAGGAUUUGUCCAGUCAAAGCUCAGUCAGCACCAUUAUCGACCCAGCCGAGCUGAUCUGUUGCCGGCAUGGACGGGUUUGUCCGGAUGGGAAAAGAGAGCAGAAGGCGGAAAGAAAAAGAAGAAGGAGCAAAAAGAUAAAGGAGAAGUAAGAGAUGGAUUUUGAAAGAUUUUAUUUAUUUUAAAAAUUUUUACAUAGAGACCCCCCCCUUCCCGCCCUCCUCUUUCCUUUAUUUAGCGGACCUUUCCGUCCUUCGUGCCAAAAAUAGCGCAUAUUUUCAAAUAAUACCGAUUUUUUGAAACACUGAGGCUUCUAAUGGAGUUGUUUAAAAGAAUCUACAGAUCUAACUUCAAUCCGCCUCAAGGCAUCGAUUUCAAAUUUAACGUUGAUUUUUGCUAUUUUUUCCAUUUUUUAGAAAAAAGCGGACCACAUCCAGCAAAACAAGUCAAUCGAAGAAAUCGGCUCACUCCCUGAAGCGAGUUUUUCCAGCUGAUCGUCGCAAGAAGUCCAAAUCUUCGGCGACAAGGGCAGAAAUUUACGAAGAAGCAGUUUGGGACGAAAGGACAACCAGGACCUGCAAAGAGAAAGAAUCCACCCAUGAAAUGAAUGAUACUCCAGUAGAACCGGUGCAGAUCGAACCCAAAAAGGCGAGCAAAAAGAAGGAAAGGGAGUAAGUAUUUGUGAUUUUGCUGUUUUUUUUUUGACUUUCUGCUCAGCGCAGAAGGCAAAAAAAAUUCUGCACGGUGCGGAUUUUUUUUGGUGUUUGCACAGUGCAAUGGGAGUUUUUUACUGUUUCACUCUGCCGUAACGGAUCAAUGCACUGUGCAAACUUUUACAAAACCGUGCUAACAAGGCAUUUUAUAAAAUUUGACGGUUUAGUCUCUGAUUUUCAGGGCAAUGCCCGACGUUCCGACCAAUCCGGCACCUGACUUGGAAGGCGAAAUCGCUUUUCCCGAGUUUUUCCUUGGCGCAAUGGAACAAUACGAAGCUGAAGAGAAGUGUGACAGUCUGACUGCGUUCAAAUUCUACUAUAUGAUCGAUGAAUACACCUGCUUCGAGUUUUUGGAUCCAUAUCUGCCGUUGUACAUUGUUUAUCGGGACAGCUCGGGAUCUGCAUGGUAAGUGCAGUUUGCCAUGGGUAAUACGAAGUAAAGUCUGGGGCAAAGCUUUUUUUUGGAGAACGAUUUUGUAAAAGUAUUUUAGCAGUAAUUCUGUCACAUUUUAUAUUUUUAAAAUUUUUAUUUUCCCGUCCAAAUUUUGAAAUUUUGGCGUUCUGUGUCCGACUCUAAUUUUGGUCAUUUUCAGGCAUUUCCCGGUCGUUCAAGUCGCUUCUGGCACAGAUAACUUCUUUUACGUCAACUACAACCACCGUGGAGCUCCGAGAUUCCGCAGCAUUGCCGCACUCAUCAGGUUCUACAGCGUCUACGUCCAUUUCCAUCAGAAUGAGUUUGGAGAAAUGAUCACUGAUGUGUUCCCGUGGUGGUAUUUGUUUGGAAACAGCCCAUUAUCCAAGUCGAUGUCAGAUUUUUGA